CUAGUCCGGGAACAUUAUUGCUGUGUUACGCGUGAGGCGCUAGCGGAUCGUCGUGCGUGCUAAAACAGGUGAUCGUUAAAGUGUUUUGUGUGCGCUGGUUCGGACUACACGCUACGCGAUAAGGCUCCUGGCUAGUGUGGAGCGUGGCGCUACCGCCUUCACAACAGCAUGGCCUUGGGUCGCGGUGCCGGAUCGAAAAUCGGAAAGUUGAGGUCACCAGCGUGUUAAGGCGCUGGGCGCAAGCGGGCCGAGCGGAGCGAAGUGUUAAUUACGAAAAAAAACCCGGGCGCACAAAAAAUGGGUCCGUGAGAGUGUAUGUGCGCGCGCGUGUCGGUGUCGGUGUAAGUGUGCGCAGAGAAUAAGAGGGAGGAAAGAAAUAUAAAAAGAAAUAAAAGCAAAGAUGAACGAGAGCGAUCGGAAGUAGUUCAUUUUGCGUUUCCUUUCCUUUCUGCGCCAAUCAUCCUUGUUCACGUCGGUCCGAUUCCGGCCAUCAUUCAAAAAGCGGGGGAGCGCGGUCAGCUUCCACGCCUACGCCUCCGCCUCCUGCACCGAUCAGCCAAACGUCAAGAAUCGUCAGUCAAACCAGCAGCGCAACUCGCUCGCAUCAGCAACGCAUCGAUUAUCGUUGGCGUGCGGCGACCGCGAGGAUACAGCAACGCUGCCACCGCGCUGGAAACGGAGGAUAUUAUGCCGGCUUCGAAGAAAGCACACUCAAAAUUCGCCGUUUUUGCAACAUCCAUCAUCAUCAUCGUCUUCGUUGUAGUCAGCAGAGCCGAAGAGUGCCGCAGUUAUUCCCGAUUCCUACCAGUACCCAAUCGUCACCCCUAUUAGCCAGUCAGCAGACACAGUAGCGGAGUAAUAGGAGGGAGCAGAGGAACAUUCCGGACUCAUCGCCAGUGCAGUCUGGUCUGGUGUUUGAAUCGCUUACUUCUGGCAAUGCGAAGCUAGGGAACAAAUUACAACCGACCCAUCCCCCCCCCCCCCCCCCCGUCGCCUGUGAAACGUGCGGAAGAUGUUGGCCAAAAUCAUCUCAAGCAUCAAUCCGAAUCGAACGACAAUGCCAGAAACGAAGCCGGCAGCAAGCCGAUGCCUAAGCAGCAAGGAGUCCGCGGACGAGGGCGUCCAGGCAAUGGUGCAACUAGUACCAGCAGCAACAGCAACAGCAACAACAACUUUGGCGCCACCAACAUACGGUGCCUACACGAACAAUACUUUACCGCGGGGGCCUUAUCUUCAGUAUAAGUAUAACAGCAACAUUUGUAGUGUUCCGUGCAACCAGGACAAUAACGAACACCAACAACCGCACCAGAACCAACAGCACCAACAGCAGCUGCAACCGGGACAUCACCAGCAGCAGGUAGCAGCAACAUCAAACCAUCAUCAUCCGAUAAGAGAGCAACAGCACCAGCAGCAGCAACAUCAUCAUCAUCAUCAGCUUCAUCAGCUUCUGCAACAACAGCAACAGUAUCAUCAAAAAUCACAAAAACAACAGCAGCAACCGCGACAGCCGUUGCGUAGUAGCGACGUGCUAGAGAUGAAUGCAGGCGCUCAGAUGGGCACUAGCGAGACCACCCUACCCACCACGUCGUACCACACUCAUCGGAAGUACCAGCAGCAACAACAGCAGCUGCUCUCUCACCACCACUACGAUCAACAACACUAUGGGCGGCCACUACCGGUGGAAAUCCGCGAUGGGGGGCUGCCGAUGAACGAGAACAAUCCAAAUCAUGCUCGUAAGCAACAGCGUUACACUCAGCAGCAACCGCAACAGCAAGAACAUUAUCAGCCAUCAGUAUGGCAAGUGACUGAGAGUGGUGGUGCCAGUGAUACCGUCAGCACUUGCCAGAAUGACGAAGAAGAACCGCACCAAUCGCGAAUCGUGGAACAACAGCAGCAGCAGCAGCAAAGCAGAAGUGAUACUUUCAGUGACAUGCGCCACAUGCUUCGAGCAAACAAUCUAAUCGCCAUCCACCCACAAAGCCAACGAUCAACUGUACCAUCAAAGCCCCACUAUCAACCUGUACCGUCCGGUGCUUACACCGAGCCUCCGCGAACACCAACACCGACCAAUGGGAGCGCGGUGUCGCUGACCAACGUGGUUGCGCUGAGGCGACCAAGCGAAAGCGAGGGCUGGGCCCUCCUCUGCCAGUCGGUGCAAGCACUCCAGGAUCUCUUCCUUGGUGAUGCACCAUCGAUCGCGAAGGUGCAACCACUAAUCACUCCGACAAGCCUGCAACUCAGCUCGCGGGGUCGUGUCGUCUUCAGCAUCUUCCCUGCAUAUCACGCACCUUCGUCGUCUUCCGGAACAGACCAGAAUGUGGCAGAAGAGCUACUGCAAUAUCUUUCUCCAGAGUAUCAUAACUCACGCAGCAAACACCUACAAUUCAAUGAGUCCGACGUAGAGAAGAUGUGGAUUUACUCACUCGGCAUCACUUUGCAACGGACAAUAUCGUCUUUCGCCGUCAAUCACCUGGCAAACGGUGAUGCAGCAGAACUCCAUGGCAGCAAUGCAACAGCGACCCAGUGUGGUACUUGGGCAGGGUCGCCAGGUGCUACAGGCGGUGGAGAUGAGCUGACACCCCUCGACCAUGUAGUGCUAGUCAUGUGCGAGGCGAACCUGUACCAGCGGGCAAGCCUGAUGUUUUUGCUCGAUAUCAUAUCGGAUUACUGUAAAAACCAUAAUCUACACAAACCAUUCUCGCAUAUGUUAAUCGAUCUGUUCCGCGAGGUAGUGUCGAAUGCAAAGCAUCACCCGGUUGAGACAGCCGCUGCAAUCACGAACCAUCCUCGACCGCAGCAAGAAUACACGAUCAAACGGUCAAUUGAAUCAAUCGAGGAACCCAAAAGUGAUACAGACUCCGGGAGGUCGUCUGACCACGGAGAACCUUUAGAGGUACACCGCAGGAAGGAAACUUUGAAAGAUAGGCCUUACGGGCCAAUCAUUCAGUCAGAUGAUGACGGUAAAGAAAAGAUAAAGAAGAACGAUGACCCACUGGCCAGCAGUGGCAGUCUGAAGGUAAAAAGACUGCUACAUACUCAGACAACGACAAUGGUACAGAUCUGUGGCUCUAAUGAGCAGCAACAGCGGUUCUCCUCACUGCCUCGAUCAACUGAUCGGGAGUACGAGCUGGCCAGCUCGGAGACGGCGCCUCAGCGGAAUUACAAUACUAUCGGAUAUGUGAAGAGCGGGCGAAUAAGCCGGACAGCUGCCAGCGAUGGGACCAGUGUCAUCGUUCGAAGACGCCAGAAUGCCGAGUUGACUCUAGCGGCCCGAAGGCGCAACGAUUUGCGCCGCAAUACCAUCGACGUCACAACAGUCGAGGUAAAGAUGGCCGAAGUGGCGGCAGCCAAAGAGCGAGCCCAAACACAACACCACCAACAGCAACCACCGCACCAGCAGACUCGGCCACUGCUACCAUCACAUUCAGUUGCGCAGCUACCAAGCCUGAUUCCUUCGACACCGAUCGGUGUUCCGCUCGCCCAAGCCGCUUUCAAUGCAACCUCUAUGCCCAAUAUUGGUGCACCGUUAGUUGUACCCAUUGUCACGCAGGCAAUCGACCAAAUGCGCGAUGAGCAGGCACUCAUGGCUCGCAUCGACGAAGAAGCACUUGCUGCCUCUUCACAAGGGCCAGAGUUUAUCCGCAACUCCACUUCCCAGCCGAAAUCACUCGAUAUCACCGAUGCAAAAACGCAGCACCGUCGCAUCGUCACCAUUCUCCUGCUAAACGGUACCAAAGUGAAUAUCACCUGUAAUCCGACCACCACCCUUGCGAAUCACAUUUUUGAUGCUAUCCUGCGACUGGAGCAUCUAACCGAAAACUUCUUCCUGGGGCUGUGCGCCCUCAUCGGGGGUGAUUUUGUAUUUUUGCCACCCGAUUUGAAGAUCUACAAGGUGGCUCCACAGAUUUGGGUCAACACUUCGAAGAAAGCAAGCCCGCUGGAAUUGGAUAAUUUAGUGUUUAUGUUGUACAUCAGGAUCAAGUUCUUCCUACCUACGCUACGAGGUGUCAGUUGUAUCGAGUCUCGCCAUCUAUUGUAUCUUCAGCUACGUAAAAGUAUUCUUGAACGACAGAUCCUGUGCACCGAAGACGACCUAAUCACGCUGGGUGGUUUGGCGCUACAGGCUGAAGUAGGAAACUUCCGGGAUAAUAUGAAAUACUCAGAGUAUUUCACCAUCUCACACUACCUACCCGAAGAGGUAUAUCGUAAGAAGAAGGAGCUGGCACGAUACUUGCGCAACUCACAUUACUGCAAGCGCGGUUUACAUCAACGCGAGGCUGAGCAUAAUUUCAUCCGCUACGUUCAGGAACUGAAAGAAUACGGGUUACAUCUGUACAGUGCAUCCUGGGCCACCGGUGACGGGCUCACUCUAGACGUAUAUGUUACCAUCUCGCUCGCCGGCGUCGCAAUUUUCGAGCGCAACUUACGCUACCAACCGCGUUCCACCACGGACCAUCAGCAACAAGAAUGUCGGAACGGCAAGAACAGCUUCCUACGCCACCUUUACGCCUUUUUCGAUUGGCUCGAGAUUGAAAACAUCUGCUUCUCAAAGCACGCUUUUUGCGUAGUCGUACGACGAAGCGAAUCGUUCGGCUCCAAAAGUGAGAAAAAUUUGGUGAAAUAUAAGCUACGCAUGGACGGUCGCAAGAGCUUCUUUGCAUUCAACCUUGCCUCAGAGCAUCACAAGUUCUACAUGAAGCUCCGCAACUCCUUCAUAUCAAUCAAGACCCUAUCGAACGAACUAAAUGUACCGAUUGAGUCCGUUGCAUCAAGCAGUACGCACGUUGACCGGUCUCCAGAGUAUCCCAAUGGCACUAGAAAGCAGGUGGUGUAUGAGCUCACCAGCGAUGACGUUGGCGUGCCUGGAGUAUCAACCGCACUGCCAUCUGGUCUAGAUGCGAAAAACAUUGAUAAGAUCGAUAAACCGUUUAAAACGACCGGUUUGCGGGUGCGUAAUCUCAAGAAGUCAAUGCUGAACGACAAUCGGUUAGCACGAUUGCGUCAGCGCUUUCUGCUCAAACGAUCCAAAUCGACAAUCGAGGCUGGCUGUAACAAAGUUAUCACUAAAACCGGUAGCAUCUCGGCUCUCAACGUCACCGUUGAGAUUACGAAUCAGCAGAACCAGAAUAAGGAGAACGAAAACCCAUUUCUGGGACGGGCAAGAAUUAGCGGAUCUGGCGAUAGUGCGGACAUUGAAGAAGGCCUUCUGUCAACAACUACACAUCAACCGAACUCACAAUACGCCUAUAGUAUUGGCGAAAUUGCGAGUGAGUCAUCACCGUCCUCGCACCAUAGCAUCAACCGGAACAAGGUGAAAAUGGGCACAAAGGUUUUCUCGGCGCCAUUCCUGAAUAAAUCGUUCGACAACCUGUGUUUUCCGGAAACACAACAUGGGAUGCAAGUGGCCAAACCCUUAGCCGGUUCCCUGUCCUACCAAAGCUUGGUCAGUCGGCGUACUAAGGACAACGACGACAAAGAAUAUGUCGAACAUGAGGCGAUGCAUAAGCAACAGCGUUUGUAUAACGGAUUGAUGGUCGGAACAACUCCGCCAUCAGAUUUACCAAACCGUGCACUUAUUGAAAGCAACGUGGAUGAUGUGAUCUCCGUCAAAAGCAGCAUGGGAUCGGUGUACUUCACGGAGAAAAUCGAAGAUCAGUCAUUGAGGGACACCGAUAAUAUCACUCAGAACACGCUAUCGCCCAAGGCAUGCGUCAUUCAAUCGAGCAUUCGCAGCGAUAGUUGCCAUUUCGAGCUACCAAUGGUGGACGAAACAGUCUCAGACACAUUGCUUGAGAAGUUCAAUAACAUUAGCAACUGCAGCAGCGAUACGGUUAACGAUCGCAUACUCGCUACCGUGCUGGUAAUCAAAGAUGCUGUAGUCGAUGACAGUGAACAGUCGUCGACGGCUGCACUUCUCCGCCCCUUCGUCUCACAUUGCCAGAAAUCGUGGGCCACUUCCCAGCAGCAAAACACUGUUUCUAUCCCAAUGUCGACGGUAAGGCAAGUAUUUGCAAACGACCGGUCCCCGUAUGUGACAACACGUAUGGAACCAAGUACGACACGAUACACGCUCGGGAUUAGCAUCGUGCAGGGAAACGAUAAUAACGUAUACGUCAAGGACCUGGUACCGAACGGACCAGGCGCACGGAGUGGCGUACGACUUGGUGAUCAAAUCAUCGCGGUCGAUGGAAAAUCUUUGCUCAACCGGCCAUAUGCCGAAUCACUGAGCAUCCUACAGCACACCGGCCGUACAGUGGAGCUUGUCCUCUCGCAGAUAUUCAUUCGGCAAACGAUCCAGCUGCGCCCCACAGUUACGAAAUCGAACAGCUUAUACAUUAAGGACAACACGCGAUCGCCUAAUACUACCAACCCAACCACCGGCGACCAAUCGGAGAUAAAUCGUAGAAUAACUAACAUACUAACAUUAACACCACCAGCACCACCAAAGUACAGUGCGAGCUGUCUCGAUGAAAUCGACAAUCAUUUUCACAACAUCCGACAGUACUGCCAGCAGCAAGACCUAAUAGAUGGUCAGUGCAAUAAGCACGAUCCGAGCAGUGGAGUACGUCACGCCAAAACCGUAGUGGACAUUCUGCGCAAUCGUAAUAGGCUGGCCUUAAUGAGCGAGUGUCAGAAUUCUCCGAAACUGCCGGUCGGUCUCAGUCCAUCAAAAAGCAUGCCUGAUCUGCCGAAGCUACUGCAUGCUAGCAACAAACCGAACCAACCGAACAAUUCUACUAGGGACAAACUAACUGGCCUGUUGGCAACAAAAACUCUUCCGUUCGGUGAUGGCACUGGUCGUCUGUUGGGUACAUCUACUGGACGCAAAUACACCGGACCAAUCCGAUACCCGGUUACACCGGCCAAAGAUACCUUCAAAACGGCCGGGCGUGCUCAGCUAUCCCUCUCGAACGCCUCUGAGGACGAGCAAGUGUUCAUCUAAUGCCGUAUGGGUGCGUGGCGUGCCGCUGUAUAGAUAUAUGUUCACGUGUGCAUCUCUAUCGUUAAAACUGCAUGAUUGUUCAUUUGCGUCUUCGUAACAUUUAUGUGUUUUUGUAGAAAUAUUGCAUACCAUGGGUAUGCGAGUUACAUAUAAACAUGUAUCUAGGCUAAAGCACGACUUAGACAAACGAAAAGUAAAACAGAACAAUAUCAUAGGAAAAAAUGUGAUCCAUUUGCAAUCAAAGAAGUUAUAGUGAUGAGAGACGUUGUUUCCAUGAAAAACUACAUUUACAAAUAGAUUUAAGAUAUUCAGGGUCAACAGAUAAGCAUAACUACACGCGAGCACGUACCGACGUUCGAACAUAGGAAACAUCCUUUUUUAGACGAUUCAUUAGCUGGACUAAUACAUUAGUCAAUUUAUAGCAGUGCGCGCGUAUAUGUACUUGUAUUUGAGUGUUUAUAAUGUUUCCUGCCUUUCUCGGUAUUGUAUGUUUGCAAUAGUUAUUCUUUCAUACGCUCAUAGUUGACUCAUCAAAACUGUAACUACCUCCCUUGAACGCUUCCAAUCACGAAGCGAAAAGGAUAUCAUAUGAUAUCAAUAGACAACAAUUUACCUGAUAAAUGA